GGACUACAUCCAGCACCUGGGCUCUGCACUAGCCAGCCUGAGCCCCUGCUCCAUUCCGCACAGAGUCUACCGCCAGGCCCACAGCCUGCUCUGCAGCUUCCUGCCAUGGUCGGGCAUCUCUUCCAAGAGUGGCAUCGAGUACAGCCGGACCAUGUGAUGUCGGCUGGGCAGCCGCCACCAGGCCCCACCCUUCGGCCCCCUGCAGAGCCCGCCUUCCUGUCCAUCUGACCCCUUCUAUUUUCUGCAAGGAGCUGCCAGCCAUCUAACUGGGCUCAUCGGCCUGCCCCAGCUGCAGGCCCGGUGCUACACGGGCUCGGGAACAGAACAUCGUGGGCACGCGCAGAGCAUGCCCAUCUGUGGCAGGCUCUUCAGCUCCCCUUCCUGCUUCUGGAAACCUCUGCCUGCUGCCCUGGCCCUGCCCGCCUGCGCAUGCACCGUCCCCAGGGCUGACCCAGUGUGGCUGCAUUCACUGGGAGGGGGCUGCCCUCACUGGGCCUCUCCCACUCUGCUGCCUGUUCUUGCAGCUCCUUCCUGGAAAGCUGGAGGGGACUUUCUCCUGCAAGGGAGGAACGCAAGUAUUAUGGACACACUUGACCGUAAAGGCACAGGAGCCUCGGAACAAGGGGGCGCAAUAAAGGGAAUGGCCAGUCCCCCUCCAGAACCAGCCCAAAGAAGGGGGGGUGAGGAGUGGCCCCCACUCCUCCAUGAGGGGCUGAUGAGGGGUGGGCAGCCUGGGGGAGGCUUUCCUCGCAAGCACAGAGCUCUGAGGCUCAGCCCCCCGGCACAGGCGGUCACGCAUCGGGACGGUUCCUACUCCUCAGCACCUUCUGUGCAGUUACCAGUGCCCUGGGAGGUCACACUGCCCGUUGGACCUUGGCAUGCUCCAUUCAGCUGACCUGCUGAGGACAGGCAUCGCCGAGACUCCUUGGGUCCCCCCCGCCCUCCCUCAUGCUGCCACAAGCUACUGCUCCAAGGCCUAGCCACAUGCAGACAGGAGGAAGCUGAGCUCGACAUUAGGCCUCAAGGCUGCCAUCUGUCUUGUAGGGCCUGGCCUUGUGGGCAGGGGGCAGUCCUGUGCCUUGUGGGCCCUCAGCCUCUGAGGGCAGAGAUGCUGUCAGUGCCGCAGGUGCAUCACACACUUCUAGCAUCCUCUCCACCCUGCAUUCCAAAUGCUGCUUGCUGCCUGCCCUGCCAUCCGAUGCAGGGGUGGGGUGGGGGGCGGAGUCCCGCCCAUCAUAGCUGCAGUGUCACAAAGCCAUGGCAGAGGGUCCUAGCGGCGCCACCCUGCCCCAGCCUGAGGAGGAGGGAGAGGGAGGAACAACCCUGGGCAGACGGGGCCUCAGGGACCUGUGUCCUUCCUCCUCCAGAGCUGCCCAGCCACGGGCUCUCAGGGUGCUGGGGCAGCCCCAGGUCCCCUCUUGAACUCAGCUGGGGCCAGGGGCCCUCAGAAUGAAGGCAGGCACCAGGCAGGAGCAGCAUCCCCCUCCUUGACGGUGCUGGCAGGAGGGCCGCGCCAUGCUGACUGCCUGAACUUCUGCUGACCUGACGGUGCUGGCGGGAGGGCCGCACCAUGCUGACUGCCUGAAUCUCUGCUGAGGCUGCCUGCCUGCCGGGCCCAGCUCAGCGCCCUCUCCACUGCGAAUCAGUGGUGAUCAUGUGAUUUCUAUUUCUGCCCCACAGGGUAAGGGACGAGUCUUCUGGAAGGCUCUGCCAUGGACAUUUGUCCUCGGGCUCAGAGGCCCCACCCUGCCCCACACCUGCCCCUAAUCACUGCAAUGUCCAGCCCAGUGUUGAACAGAUUGUAGCGUUCUGUCUCAUUACGAGCAAAUAAAUAGACUUUCGUUGGAGUUCGUCA